AUGGCGCAGAAAGGAGUUCAGCUGGACCGAGAAGCAAUCAGCUGUUCGAUCUGUCUGGAUCUACUGAAGGAUCCGGUGACUAUUCCCUGUGGACACAGCUACUGCAUGAGCUGUGUUAAAACACACUGGAAUGAAGAGGAUGAGAGGAAGAUCUACAGCUGCCCUCAGUGUAGACAGACCUUCACACCGAGGCCUGUCCUGAUGAAAAACACCAUGUUAGCAGCUUUAGUGGAGCAGCUGAAGAAGACUGGACUCCAAGCUGCUCCUGCUGAUCACUGCUAUGCUGGACCUGAAGAUGUGGCCUGUGAUGUCUGCACUGGGAGGAAGCUGAAAGCCCUCAAGUCCUGUCUGGUGUGUCUCGUCUCUUACUGUGAGAAACACCUUCAACCUCACUUUGAAUCAAGUAAAUUUAAAAAACACAAGCUGGUCGACCCCUCGGAUAAGCUCCAGGAGAACAUCUGCUCUCAUCAUGAUGAGGUGAUGAAGAUGUUCUGCCGUACUGAUCAGCAGAGUAUCUGUUAUCUCUGCUCUGUGGAGGAACAUAAAGGCCAUGACACAGUCUCAGCUGCAGCAGAAAGGACUGAGAGGCAGAGAGAGAUCGAGGUGAGUCGACAACAAAUCCAGCAGAGAAUCCAGGACAGACAGAAAGAUGUGAAGCUGCUUCAACAGGAGGUGAAGGCCGUCAGUCGCUCUGCUGAUAAAGCAGUGAAGGACAGUGAGAAGAUCUUCACUGAGCUGAUCCGCCUCCUCCAGAAAAGAAGCUCUGAUGUGAAGCAGCAGAUCAGAUCCCAGCAGGCAACUGAAGUGAGUCGAGUCAAAGAGCUUCAGGAGAAGCUGGAGCAGGAGAUCACUGAGCUGAAGAGGAAAGACGCUGAACUGAAGCAGCUCUCACACACAGAGGAUCACAUCCAGUUUCUACACAACUACCCCUCACUGUCACAACUCAGUGCAUCUACAUACUCAUCCAGCAUCAAUAUCCGUCCUCUGAGAUACUUUGAGGAUGUGACAGCAGCUGUGUCAGAGCUCAGAGAUCAACUACAGGACAUCCUGAGGGAGAAAUGGACAAACAUCUCACUGACAGGGACUGAAGUGGACGUUUUACUGUCAGAAGCAGAACCCAAGACCAGAGCUGAGUUCUUAAAAUAUUCAUGUGAAAUCACACUGGAUACAAACACAGCAAACACAGAGCUGUUAUUAUCUGAGGGGAACAGAAAAGCAGAGCUAACGAGACAACAACAGUCUUAUUCUAGUCACCCAGAUAGAUUCACUGAUUGGACUCAGGUCCUGAGUAGAGAGAGUCUGACUGGACGUUGUUACUGGGAGGUGGAGUGGAGAGGGGAGGGAGUUUGUGUAGCAGUUGCAUACAAGAAUAUCCACAGAACAGGAGGCUUGAAUGAAUGUGCAUUUGGAUUCAAUGACAAAUCUUGGAUGUUAUAUUGUGACACUAACAGUUAUAAAUUUUGGUUCAACAGUAUCUCAACUCGCGUCUCAGGUCCUGGUUCCUCCAGAGUAGGAGUGUACCUGGAUCACAGAGCAGGUAUUCUGUCCUUCUACAGAGUCUCUGAAACCAUGACUCUCCUCCACAGAGUCCAGACCACAUUCACUCAGCCUCUCUAUGCUGGAUUUUGGAUUGAUUAUUAUGGAGUCACAGCUGAGUUGUGUACCAUCAAGACACGAUUUGUGUCCGUGUUGGACAACAAAGAUGCUCUCCUUGCUGCUGUCACAUUGCUGAAGUUUAAAGCUCGGUGGCUGAGAGAAGAAGAGAGGAGAGAGGCCCUGAGGACACUGCUGACUACCGAGCGUCGCACUUUCCACCGCAAUGACCAGGAUUUUAUAGAUGGGUGUAAACAACAUGUGACGCAGUACAAGACCUGUCAAUCCGGUUCAACUUCACAGGAAGUGAAACUCAGACAGUCGUUGCCACUGAGAGCUGAAAUGGCGCAGAAAGGAGAUCAGCUGGACCAAGAAACAAUCAGCUGUUCGAUCUGUCUGGAUCUACUGAAGGAUCCGGUGACUAUUCCCUGUGGACACAGCUACUGCAUGAGCUGUAUUAAAGGCUUCUGGAAUGGAGAGGAUCAGAGGAAGAUCUACAGCUGCCCUCAGUGCAGACAGACCUUCACACCAAGGCCUGUCUUGAUGAAAAACACCAUGUUAGCAGAUUUAGUGGAGCAGCUGAAGAAGUCUGGACUUCAAGCUGCUCCUGCUGAUCACUGCUAUGCUGGACCUGAAGAUGUGGCCUGUGAUGUCUGCACUGGGAGGAAGCUGAAAGCCCUCAAGUCCUGUCUGGUGUGUCUCGUCUCUUACUGCGAGAAACAUCUUCAGCCUCACUUUGAAUCAAGUAAAUUUAAAAAACACAAGCUGGUCGACCCCUCAGAGAAGCUCCAGGAGAACAUCUGCUCUCGUCAUGAUGAGGUGAUGAAGAUGUUCUGCCGUACUGAUCAGCAGAGUAUCUGUUAUCUCUGCCCUGUGGAUGAACAUAAAGGCCACGACACAGUCUCAGCUGCAGCAGAAAGGACUGAGAGGCAGAGAGAGCUCGAGGUGAGUCGACAACAAAUCCAGCAGAGAAUCCAGGACAGAGAGAAAGAUGUGAGGCUGCAUCAACAGGAGGUGAAGGCCGUCAGUCGCUCUGCUGAUAAAGCAGUGGAGGACAGUGAGAAGAUCUUCACUGAGCUGAUCCGUCUCAUCCAGAAAAGAAGCUCUGAUGUGAAGCAGCAGAUCAGAUCCCAGCAGGACGCUGAAGUGAGUCGAGUCAAAGAGCUUCAGGAGAAGCUGGAGCAGGAGAUCACUGAGCUGAAGAGGAAAGACGCUGAACUGAAGCAGCUCUCACACACAGAGGAUCACAACCAGUUUCUACACAACUACCCCUCACUGUCACAACUCAGUGCAUCUACAGACUCAUCCAGCAUCAAUAUCCGUCCUCUGAGAUACUUUGAGGAUGUGACAGCAGCUGUGUCAGAGCUCAGAGAUCAACUACAGGACAUCCUGAGGGAGAAAUGGACAAACAUCUCACUGACAGUGACUGAAGUGGACGUUUUAGUGUCAGAAACAGAACCCAAGACCAGAGCUGAGUUCUUAAAAUAUUCACGUGAAAUCACACUGGAUCCAAACACAGCAUACACAUAUCUGUUAUUAUCUGAGGGGAACAGAAGAGCAGAGCUAACGAGACAACAACAGUCUUAUUAUAGUCACCCAGACAGAUUCACUGAUUAUUGGCAGGUCCUGAGUAGAGAGAGUCUGACUGGACGUUGUUACUGGGAGGUGGAGUGGAGAGGGAGAGAAGUUCAUGUAGCAGUCGCAUACAAGAAUAUCAGCAGAGCAGGAAGCUCAUAUGAAUGUAUAUUUGGAUUCAAUGACAAAUCUUGGGCUUUAUAUUAUGACACUAACAGUUAUACAUUUUUGUUCAACAGUAUCUCAACUCCCGUCUCAGGUCCUGGUUCCUCCAGAGUAGGAGUGUACCUGGAUCACAGAGCAGGUAUUCUGUCCUUCUACAGAGUCUCUGAAACCAUGACUCUCCUCCACAGAGUCCAGACCACAUUCACUCAGCCUCUCUAUGCUGGACUUUGGCUUGGUUCUGGAACCACAGCUGAGUUUUGUAAACUCAAAUAGACAGAAGUCAUUUCAGACUUCAUGUGUCAGAUUCUGU